AUGGCAGAUACGAUAGUAGCAACAUCGACGUUGAAGUUGUACUUCGAUACCCUCGGUGCUUCUUUAGGCCCAAUGGGCCUGUCGAAACCGUUUUUGCUCAUGAGUCCCCGAACUUCUUUGGGAUUGUCUUCAGAGCUGCGCUCGGAGGAAAAGGUUUUUAAUCAAACAUUUUGGAGUCUAGGCCUUUCAGUAUCGGUGGGCUCCGGGGAUUUGGCCGACCCUGGAGUUGUAGGAAUCCACCUUCUUGUUGUUGGCUUCGAUGUUCAUUUCUGCGAGUAUUUUUCCGGGAUGAUUCAGGCUCAACUCUGCUGGGAGCACGUCUUUGGUUCUGCAUUUGCGCUAUCGCUGCCUGCUGAGCCUGCAACAUUUCAAAGAUCACCCAUUCACGCCGUAAUAUCCGACUGGUCGCGGAUAUUACGGCAUUCUAUUGGUCGUGCUCGAUUGCCCGACAAUGUUCUCCGAAGUCUUUCAGGAUUUGGAUCGAUCUCGAAUCAUGACCCCGAUAUUCUCGAGGNUACUCCAUUGAGAUUGAGAAAACGAUUUGAACCAAUACGAAGGGGUUCUAGCGAACCUAUGACUAUAACGGUGGCUCCGCUUGAAAGUGCAGGAUGGGCUGGAAAUUCAAAACUCUUUCGAGAAUAUAUAGGUGCAGAAUCAACCUCAGUGAAGCUAACUGACGUACCAAUAAACUCCAACGUCGAGUUCCAUUUCAUAUUAGCAUUUGCCAUUGACUAUGAUUAUGACAACUCAAAACCUUCACCUACAAAUGGAAAAUUCAACAUUUUUUGGGAAAACAAUCACCUUAACCCUAAAGAAAUUGCCUCAAUAAAAUCUCGUCACACAAAUGUAAAAAUAGCUGUCAGUUUGGGAGGUGACACAGUUGGUAACAACAAGCAAGUUUAUUUUAAACCUAAGUCCAUUAAUUCUUGGGUCGAUAACGCGGUCUCUUCGUUAUCGUCUAUGAUCGAAGAGUACAACAUCGAUGGAAUCGACAUUGAUUACGAACAUUUUUCAGACACGGACACUAAUAUAUUUGCAGAAUGUAUAGGACAACUCGUGACAAAGCUAAAGAAAAAUGGAAAAAUACAAUUUGCUUCAAUUGCUCCGUUUGAAGAUAGUGUUGUCCAAAGUCAUUAUAUGACUUUAUGGAAAAAAUAUGAGCAAGUUAUUGACUAUGUUAAUUUCCAAUUUUAUGCGUAUAACAAGAUUGAUGUGUCGAAAUUUGUAAGGAAUUUUAAUGAACAAGCUUCGAAUUAUAAAGGAGGUCAGAUUUUGGCUAGUUUUGUAAAUAAAGGUGGUGGCUUGGGACCUAAAGAUGGAUUUUUUGAAGCUUGUAAAGAAUUGAAAGGACAAGGGAAACUUGGUGGGAUAUUUGUAUGGUGUGCAGAUGAAUCAACAAAAACUGGGUUCAAGUAUGAGAAAAUGUCUCAGAAUUUAUUAGCCUCUUCUUGA